AUGGCCAGCAAAGCUGCCCUCGUCGUCCUCGCGCUCGCGGCCGGCACGGCAGCGGCGGCCGACCCGAUUAACACGGACAAGUACACAGCGAUUGCCGAGGCCGGCGCGUGCCGUGGCAACGGCGGGAGUAGCGAUAAGGUCAACAGCAAGUACAAGCUGGGCCUUACGCAAGCGGAGUGCGAGACCGAGUGCGACAGCAUCAGCACGUGCCUCGGCUACGCGUACCAGACCGGCGCCAGCGACGUGGCGUCGGCGUACUGCCUCAUCCACGGACCGGGUCUCGCCGGGACGUGUUCGGACGCCGCGCUGGACACGCAAGAGAAGUGCGAGGCGAAGGGCACGUGCUCGAUAGCCAGUGUUGCAUGCGCGGACAGCGGGACGUACUGCCUGGGCGUCGAGGAGGCCUGCACGAACCUGGGCGGCACUUGGACGAAAUCCGCUACCACCGUGUGGACCGCUACCUCCGACAACGGCUGGGAGGGCGACUCACACCCGACGACGCACAUCGCCGCGGGGAAUGGCAACGCGGACUAUACGUGCUUCGAUAUUGAUCCUGACGACCACGAUGCGACUUGCGUCAACGGCGACUCGCACGCAUCUCCUGCUGGCAAUCAUGCUGGUUACAAAGAGUGCGCCGCCAACUGGACCGACACGAGCGUGAGCGGCUGCGUGAACAUCGAGGGCUGCCCGGCGACGCCGUGCAAUAGCGACGACUCGGAAGCGUGGUGCUGCAACGCCCACGUCGACGACUGCUCGGAGUGGCACUACUGCGGCUGCGAGCGCGACUUCGAAGCCGGCGGCAAGGAGGAGUCCGCCUGCGACACAGCCGCAGGGUGCGUCUACACGGCGGCGCCGAAAAUGGAGACUCCUGCGACACCGCACCCGGGCGACGCGCUCCACUGCGACAACGUUUACCAAGAGGGCCAGUCGGGCGCGUGCCGCGGCCAGGAUUCGUCGGGCGGCCAGGUAAGCACUAACCAGAAGUACUCGAAGAGCUGCAACGAGGAUGGCACCAAGAAAGAGUGCGGCGGCACGGACCAGCCCGCCUGCGAGAUGACGCAGGCGGAGUGCGAGGCCGGCUGCGCUGCCGAGAACGCGAUCGCCCCCGGGCGCUGCCAGGCGUACCACCACAAGCCCGGCGGGUGGUGCACGAUGUUCGGUCCGACCAUCCACGAGGGCAUCGGAUGGGAAGCGAACCCGACGUGCGUGGAGCCGGCGUCUGCCGGUCCCGGCACCUGCGAGUCGGCGUUCACUGCCGCGAGCGGGACCGCCGAGGCAGACUGCAACACCGCGGGCGGCUGCGUCUACUCAAAGGGCGCUGCCGCCGCGGAUUCGUGCUGGUCGUACUGGUCGUCUGGUUACACGGAGGUCACCGGCACAAACACGAACAUCGAGUACAUGUGCUUCAUGCUCAUUGAUACCACAGUGAACAACGUCUGUGGAAACCUCGCUAGCGACGGCGCCGCGGCGCAGACGCUCGCCUUCGGCGCCGCGCUCGCCGCGGGGCUCCUCGCCUAG